UUGGCGCUGUCAUGGCUGGUGUGCUGAAGAAGACCACUGGCCUUGUGGGAUUGGCUGUGUGCAAUACUCCUCACGAGAGGCUAAGAAUAUUGUACACAAAGAUUCUUGAUGUUCUUGAGGAAAUCCCUAAAAAUGCAGCAUAUAGAAAGUAUACAGAACAGAUUACAAAUGAGAAGCUGGCUAUGGUUAAAGCGGAACCAGAUGUUAAAAAAUUAGAAGACCAACUUCAAGGCGGUCAAUUAGAAGAGGUGAUUCUUCAGGCUGAACAUGAACUAAAUCUGGCAAGAAAAAUGAGGGAAUGGAAACUAUGGGAGCCAUUAGUGGAAGAGCCUCCUGCCGAUCAGUGGAAAUGGCCAAUAUAAUUAUUAAGUGACUUUGGUGUGUUAAUGGGAAACUGAUGUAAUUAAAUAUUGUUAUAUUAAAAAAAA